AUCAGAAUGUCAGAAUCGGUACUGUCAAAUUGGGAAUAUGGAAAAUUUUGUAAACAAAUCACAAGUGUUUGGUUUUUUAUAGAAUUAUAGUUUUGAACUCGGUUAUCAAUAUGCAGUGGACAAACGAGCUUAUUUUAGAAUUUAUAAGACUGUAUAAACAGGAGCCGAUAAUAUGGAAUCCCAAAUAUGGUUUGCAUAGACCAGGUAGGCUCGAAAUAUCCGAUGCCUGGCGUCGUAUUGAAGCUAACUUCAGCGUCGAAUGUCCCAUCGAAGAGCUGAAGAGGAAGAAGGACUCUCUGAUGGCGACCUAUCGCUCCUUGAGGAACAAAAUCAAACAAAAAGAGAUCGGCAGUGGCUCAGAAGACGCCUACAAACCCAACUGGUUCGCCUACGAAGCCAUGUUCCAAUUUCUCGGUGACGUCUAUCAACCAAAGAUUUCUCAGCAACAGGACCUCGAAGAUAUGCACAUGGACGAAGACGCAGAAGACAUGGAAAACUCACUAGGAGACGACUUACUAUUAGACGCAGACGAUGUCUCAGAUUUAAUUUUGAAUCAACAAGGAAAUUCCUUCAAGCUACCCCAAGAGCGCCAGAACCGGAAAAGAAAAGAGCCCAAUAUAAACACCUGUAUGUGUGAAAAUUUGACGAGAGACGAGUGCUCAUUGUACUCUCAACUUUUGGCUAAAAAAUUGAGGGUGUUUGACGAUCACACUCGAAUGAUCCUCAUGCACGAAAUAGAUAAUUUCAUGUUCCGUGCCAAACUGGAACAAAGGCAGAAAGGCUCGAUUGACUCGGAUUUGAUAGGAGGUCUCAACAGCAAUGUCCUCGAGGAAUACAAUGCACAGAGUGUUGAUGGAUUCGUUACCGAAACAAUUGUAGUAGAAAAUGCGACGAGUUUGGCAUCGGAUACGGGGGAAGAAAUGGCAACUGUUGUUGUAAAGAGCGAGGUGCAUUGAAUGAAACAUUCCCAUUGUUUAGACUAAAGAGUUUUUUUUUCAAUAUGUGAUAAAACAUUGUUUAUAAAGUGUGAUGGCUUAUAUGACUCACUAUGGUAAGUACAAUGAUUGAAGUUGGAAUACAAAUAUGACGUUUUGAGAAAGUUUUCGUAGGUAAUAUCCCGCGACCAUGACAAAUAGCCGACUAUAAUUUUCUUCAUAAUUCUAUCGAGAGUACCAUGUAUUUUGACAAUUUGAUGAGACCAUAUUAUGGACAGUUAUUCUAUGAUUAUCAAUGUUCAUAUGGUCCAAUUGAAUUGUCUCAAAAUACAAGUUACUCGGGAUGAAUUAAAGAAAAUAAAAGUCUUGAUUUGUAAUGGUCCAGUGAUAUUCAGGAAUAUGAUUUCAUUAACAGUAAUAAAAUACUCGUUUGUAUAAGUUUCAACGUUUUAUUCAAGUUAAAUUUUACAACUCUACAGAUACUAUUUGAAAAAAAAUCUUCUGAAGGCCCGUCUGGGGUAUUCUAUCAAAUCUACGAUGGCAAUCAAUUAAUCUAAAACAGAUCUUCUGAACUUUCCUUUCUUGUCUGAGGAAAAUAUUUUAGGCUUCACUUUUUUGCAUCAAG